CGCCACCACGUGAACAGCGCCCGCGAGGCUGCACUCUGCGCCCUGCCCGGGAGGAAGCCGAGCGGCGGACCUGGGCCCCGGAGCCGGCACUGGCCCGGGCUGUCACCCAGCUUGCGCGAGGCUAGGGCCCGAUGUGGGCCUGGCUCUCCCGCAGCUUUCUCCUGAGGCGUCUCUGGGUGGCGCCGUGGAAACUGAAAGCAAAAGAGACGAAGGGGCCAAGCCGCAGCCAGGAGCGGGCGUGGGCCUGACUCCUCCCUCCGGCGGCUACGCUCAGCUGCUGCGGCUGGGCGGGCUGAGCCAGCCCAGAUGGACCUGGCUGUGGCCCCGGCUGAGGCAGGAUAGGCGGCUCCGGCUUGGAGCCUCCCUGCGGGCGAGUGCGGGCGGGCUGGGACAUGACUCUGGGCGCUCCUCGGCCCCCGGCUCCGCGCGGCAGACGCAGCCAGCAGGAAGUUUACCCGGGUGCAUCAGCGGCCGGGCUCCCGGCAGCGCCGCGCUCCCAUGCACACGCACAGCCCCCGGCUCCGCAGCGGUGCCCAGGAAGCGCCCCGCACCGGCCCCACCAUGGACUCUAGCUGGCGCCGGCAGAGCAGCCCGGAGCUGGGCAGGGGCAAGCGGCUGAGCGUCGGGGAGCUGCGCUCGUUCUUCGAGGCUCACUGCGCCGCUGCUGCAAGGGUGCUGCCGGACCCGGCCAAGAGGAGCUGCCGCCCCCCCAACGGGCUGCUGCCGCCGGUCAUCCCGCAGCUGACCGUCACCCCUGAGGAGAGCGAAGAGGCGCAGGGCAGCCCCAAAGGGCCCCCGCCGGACCCGGAGAGCGGCUGGCUGGGGACGGGCAGCUCAGUGCACCUGCUGCAGUCCCGCCGGCUCUCCAACUCCUCGCUGUCCUCCACGGGCUCCUCGUCCGUCUUCGAGGACUCCGAGGACGACCUGCUGAGCGACACGGAGGGUAGGAGCCAGGGCAUCGUGCACCUGGAGCACGGGGAGGACACCAACCAGAAAAAAUCAUGGCAUACAAUUAAAAUGAUGGUCAACUUGCCAGUCAUCAGCCCCUUCAAGAAGCGCUAUUCAUGGGUGCAGCUGGCUGGGCAUACAGGGAGUUUCAAGGCAGCUGACAGCGAUACGAUUCUGAAGCGCUUCUCUGAGAAUGAAAAGGAGUGCUUUGAGCUGCUGAUGAAAGAUCCUCUGCGCUCCUGUGUCCCUGCCUUCCAUGGAGUGGUAGAGAGAGAUGGCGAGAAAUACAUUCAACUGGAUGACUUGCUCGCUGACUUUGAAGGGCCUUGUGUCAUGGACUGUAAGAUGGGGAUCAGGACGUACCUGGAGGAGGAGCUGACUAAAGCCCGGGAGAAGCCAAAGCUGCGUAAGGACAUGUACAAGAAGAUGAUUGAGGUGGAUCCUCUUGCGCCCACAGCUGAGGAGAACACGCAGCAUGCUGUGACCAAGCCACGUUACAUGCAGUGGAGAGAGACCAUCAGCUCCAGUGCCAACUUGGGCUUCAGGAUAGAAGGGAUUAAGAGGGCUGAUGGGACUUGUAACACAAACUUCAAAACAACUAAGACACGGGAGCAAGUUUUCCAGGUUUUUAUGGAAUUCAUUGAGGGCAACGCAACUAUUCUGAAAAAAUACCUCAAGCGUCUGCAUGAUAUCCACCUUAUCCUCGAGUCCUCAGACUUCUUUAAACGACAUGAGGUCAUUGGAAGUUCACUACUCUUUGUGCAUGAUGACAGCGGACAUGCCAAUGUAUGGCUGAUUGAUUUUGGAAAGACCACGCUUCUCCCUGAUGGGCAGACCUUGGACCACAGGAUCCCCUGGCAGGAAGGCAACCGGGAGGAUGGGUACCUGCUGGGAUUGGACAAUUUGAUUAGUAUCUUAGACAGCAUCACUGAAAGAUGAGAAGAGACUCGCACAAACUCAGGAGCUGCUUUGUAAUCUUCCACUCUACUGGGAUCUCUUCAUUAGAGGGAAACUCCUUUAACUCUCUCCAAACUCCUGGGGUUAUUGCAGUGCAAAUGGAGCUGCUUUCAGAGCCAGGCUGUUCAUGAUCAAAGUGACUGCAAUGGCCCUCCAUGAACCAGAGUGACUCAGGAUUGGUCUUUAGUGAAUCAGAUUAACCUCGGAUUGGUCCUCAGUGAAUCAGGAACCAAACCAGCAUGAAUCCAGGAGGUUUGUACAGUAAAUCAGAGUGACUCUGAUUUCAGGUGAACCAAAGUGACUCUAGAUUACCCUUUAGUGAACCAGAGUAAAUGGCAGAUUGCUUGAGGGUAUGGGGAGGGUUGAGCAGAAUUCUCCACUGGAUGGCAUUGCUUUGAAAACAACAGGAGUGUUUGCUCCCUAACCCCAAGUCCGUAGGCUGCCAUUUAUGUUAUAGAUUAGGCAAGGCCAGCCCCAGCUGUUGUAUUACAUUACAAGAGUGUGCAAGAUGGUAACUUGCCCAGGAACAAGGCCCAGAAAACAGGGGGAGAAGGGUGAUUAUAGUUCAUGGCAGUGGUUGGUUUAGUGUCUGCAAGGGACAGCUGCAGUUGACAUUUUCUCUGACUCCUUGCCCUGGCCUAUUCUCUUUUCUAUCUAAGAACAUUCUUAACUAUUUUCAGGUAGUUCCUAAUGAAGUCACAGAUAGCCCGUUAAGUAAAUAGCACCAUGUUGUCUCUAGCACCAUGUGACUUUCAAAGUGUGUAUGUUAUACAAGCGGCUGGUGAAGUGGUAAUGCUGGUUCUUGCAGCUGGACAGCAUUUGUGAAGGUCAGUGGCAUCUCUCUUUAGCAGGUGGAUUGGGGGACAAAGUUUAUUUUUCAAGGGCUUAGUUAUUUUAGAGAAAAAAACAAAUCCAUCUAAAUACUAGCAAGCCAGUUAUCAACAUGCCAUUUUACACUAAGGCUUAGACGUUCCAUCUUUUUGCUUGUGAGUCAGAUUUCCUAGUGGUGCCAUGUUCUUUCUUUUGCCACAUCAAAAGUGUCAGGGCAUAGGCUGAGUGGAUCAGAAAGGAAUUGUAUCCCUAUAGACAGCAUUACACUGUUGGCUAUAUUUAUUAUGGGCAUUCUUCCUUGGAAGCAUGAGGUAUUCACCACUUUUGAAAGCAAGGUAUUACAUUAGCUAGACUAGAGGUCUGAUUGCUGUGCUAUAUCCCCUGAUUGAGGCCCCUAGGUGCUACCACAAUAUAAAUUAACAUUUCCGUGCUCAUCCCAUAUCCAGAUAUCUGACAAUGCAGUUUCCAAGUUGGAGCCAUCAACCAUGUAACAAGACCAUACAGUUUUUAAAAUCACUUGCUUUUAGAAGUUAAAAGGUGUUUAAGCAACAUCAGUUGAUCAGAAAUCACUCUCUUUUGCCAAUACAAUCGUGGUCAAAAGAAACUUCAGAAACUUUGGAAUAACUGAAAGUAGUUCCUUGCUUCUGUUGGGAAUCACUACACCAAUGAUCACUGCAAAAUGAGGUAAAUGAGACUGUACAAUUCUUGUUUGGAACUAAAUGAACAUGUAAUGGUUAUAUUAAGGGUUGAGGAGCCUAGGAUAACUUCUAAAGGAAGCCACUUUGGUUCAUGUACUCUAGUUGGAGCCCAGUCAAUCCUAAUAACCUCAGUUAUUUUUCAUCCACAUUAAAGAAAGCAUUGAUGUUCAUAGUGCUGACCAUGCCAAUAAUGACCUAGAAGGUCAGUUAUACAAGGUACUACUGCAAGGUA